AGGGAAAAAAGAAGAAAGCCACCAAACAGAUGAGCAUUCUGACGUAUCACGUCCGGAACCACAGCCAUAAUCACCAUCCUCAGAUCCGCCCCAGCCCAGACCCACUCCCUCCCGAGAGCUCACAGCUACAGGAUCAGAGCCAGAGGUGCCCCUGGAAGUAAGGCUCCUGUCCAUGGAGAAGCCCCUCACGGUUCUGCGGGUGAGCCUGCACCACCCCACGCCGGGCCUGGCCGCCUUUGCCAACGUCCCACAGCGGCUGCAGCAUGACACCAGCCCGCUGCUGGUGGGCCGGGGCCCAGACGCCCACCUCCGGCUGGAGCUCCCGCACCUCUCCCGCCGGCACCUGUCGCUGGAGCCAUACCUGGAGAAGGGCAGCGCCCUGCUGACCUUCAACCUGAAGGCGCUAAGCCGCAAGAGCUGCGUGUGGGUCAAUGGGCUGACGUUGAGGUUCCUGGAGCAGGUUACCCUGAGCACCGUCAACAGGGUCACCUUCUCUGGCAUCCAGAUGGUGGUGCACAUUGAAGGAGGCACCUCCCUGGAGGCCUUUGUCUGCUGCUUCCAUCUCAGCCCCUCGCCCCUGAUUGACAGGCCCCAGGCUGAGGAGACCGACGAAUGGGAAGGUGUUCCCCAGGAACGACCUCCCCCAGCUUCAGGGCAGCAGGCUCCGGGUCACCUGGGCUUUCUCCACGGCCCUUCGCAGCCAAGCCCUGGCAGAGCAACAGAAACGCAGCUCCAGAGGGAGCCCCCAGACAGCGCUCUCCACCAGCCCCGCUGGCCACCCCGAGCAAGCCUCGGCUGAAACAGGACUUGAAAUAUUCAAGCUACAUCAUGUAAGAUUGACCAGCGAUGUCUGACGGGUAAUCCUGAACUGAUUCUGCAAACACGAACAGCCCGGGGGGAGUGCCCUCCACCUCUACAGCUCUGCGAGGUAACAGGAACUUCAUAUACUUUUAGAGGCCCUGAGGGGUUUGGGAGCCUCUCUCGGUGUUUCCCCACAUUUCCCCAUCUUGUCUGACUAGGAGUUACUUUAUGUUGCUAAUUUUGCCUGCUGCUUAAGAGCUGGAGUUUGAGGUUGCACCAGGAAUGCGGGGACACAUGUAACAAUUACGUUUGUGGUAGCUCAGGGUUACCUUGGGCUUUCAAAUACCCACAGGCACUCGGGGCUUAGGGAAGCCUGUGUUUAAUAAACUGCAAGUAUUUCAUUAA